AUGAUCAAGCAGGACUUUUAUUCUCCCGAACCCUCCUCCGCCCAAUUCUACACGCCUCCCCCUAAACGUCCCUUCCCGACACCCCUCCAGCGCGCAGCCAGCGCAAGCCGCCCGACCCCUCUCAUCAUCAGCACUCCCCCGGCGUACAAGACACACCAGUUCUCGCCGAGCGCGUAUGACUCCCCUUCCGCCUUCUUCACCCCGAUGCCUCCCGCUAUAUCUUGGCGGACAACAUCCGCAUCGGACCUGAGCCCGACCUCGUCCGCUGCUAGCUCGCCUGGCCCUCUCACGCCCACACGGAUCUUCAUGGGCGGGAUCGUCUCGCCUCGGUGCAGCGAGGAUGAGUGGGAUGAGAAGCUGGGGUUGAGCAUCGAUGUGCCUGGGAUUGUGCUCACUGAGCCAUCAUGCCCAAUGCGUUCCCCCUCUCCUCCGCCAAAAUCCAUCCUUCUUCUUCCACCCACAUCCCUCUCUCUACCAUCCACUGACCCUACCUCGCCCACCUCACCCUUCUACUCCCCCUACUCGCCUCCACCGCGCCACCUAUACUCGCCCGCCUUCGCAGCUAUCGUCUACGGAGAAGAGCGGAACUCGAGAUUCGGGUCGGAAGCGCUAGCGAGUCUGGGCGUGAACGGGAUAAGGACGGUGGUGUUCGGGCUGAUGUUGUUGCUGGGCGGAUGGCAUCUGUGGCUGAAUAUCACAGUAGGAGGGGCGGUAGGGGGUGGGCCACAGGGCUGGCAGGGGGCGGCGGUGGUAGAUAGGAUGUAG